CCCUGGGGAAACGGUGACUGAAGCCGAAUCCCUGCCAGUGCCUUUUCGUGUCCUCUCUCUCCUCUUUGCAGCCGCUUGCGGGCAUCGGAAGGGAAGAGGGUGGAGUACUCUGAACUGAAGGACUUUGCAUUAUCUCUCCUUCCCUGGUUUUGCAGAGAUCUCUGCUCAAUGGGACUGGUUUACUUAAUGUCUCCUCUCAUCAGUGCCCUGCGGCACCCCACGACCAGCCUCCUCCUCCUCCGUCCAGCGGAGAGAAGUGUGUUUGUGACAGUGAGAGUGGGUUUACUUCUGGUGCCAGAAAAGGGCUCCUGCCAGAAUCCUCUGUUUACUUCUGUUUGGCAUUCAGAUUUACCCAAAGUCAAGUUGCUACAAAGAGAUAGUUUUUGUAUCCUGCCAGCCAGAGAGUGGAGCAGUGUGUUGUGACAAUGAAAAAGAAUAGAAGCCUUCUCAUGUUUAUUCAUCCCAUAUUUACCAGGCAUCUACGAUGUGCUUGGGAUGCAGCAGAGAUCCCUGUCGUCAUGGAGCUGCCAUUCUUUGGGGAGACAGGCAAUAUGUGAUAACAGAGGUCACCAUUGUUGGAAGUAAAGGGCAACAUAGAGCUGAAGAGACCCCUGGCCAAGGCCGCUUCCCGGCUGCCUCUCUCGGGACGCAGGCUGAAGAGGGGGCCCGACCAGAUGGAGGAGGCCUUGGAGCCGGAGAAGAAAAGAACACGAGGCCUGGGCACCAGAGUGACCACGACCCACCCCAGAGCAGCAGCCCUCAACUCCGCGCCACAGACACAAGGCCAGACCGCAGCAGUGCCCAGAGCUCCCAGGAAGUCAGCACCCCGAUAUUCCAUGGCUGUUGCCCCAGUGCUGAAGACUCAGAAGCCAGGUCCUGUUGUUCCCGCCCAAAAGCCUGGAACGACAGCUGCGCCUCCCAUGGUGGGAGGGAAGAAACCCAAACGUCCGGCCUGGGACUUAAAGGGGCAGUUAUGUGACCUCAACGCAGAGCUGAAAUGCUACCGUGAGAGGAAGCAGGUGCUGGACCAGGAGAACCAACAGCUGCAGGACCAGCUCCGGGAGGCUAAGCAACAGGCCUCAGUCCUGGGGGCAGAGCGCAGGACCCUGGAAGAGGAGUUGACCAGGGUGCGGGCCCAGGCUGAGCAGGGCCAGCGGGAGCUGGGGAACCUGAGUGCCCGCGUCCUGGAGCUGGAAGAGCGGCUGGGCACGCAGGAGGGCUUAGUGCAAGAGCUCCAGCAAGAACAGCUGAGAUUACAGGAGGAGCGCAGGGGACUGGCUGCCCAGCUGGGCGAGCAGGAGAGGAGGCUGCAGACCUCAGAAGCUUCUCUGUCGGACAGCCAGGCGGAGGUGGCAUCUCUGCGCCAGGCGGCUGCAGCCCGGGAGGCCGUACUGGCUGAGCGGGAAGACCGUCUCCACGGGCUGGAGAUGGAGCGCCGGCGGUUACACAACCAGCUGCAGGAACUCAAAGGCAACAUCCGUGUGUUCUGCCGGGUCCGCCCCGUCCUUCCAGGGGAGUCCACCCCAUCCCCUGGCUUCCUUCAGUUUCCCUCUGGCCCCUGUGGACCCUCUGACCCUCCAACCCGCCUCAGCCUCUCCCGGUCUGAUGAGCGGCGUGGGACCUUGAGUGGGGCGCCAGCUGCCCCUACCCGCCAUGACUUUUCCUUUGACCGGGUGUUCCCACCAGGGAGUGGACAGGAUGAAGUGUUUGAGGAGAUUUCCAUGCUUGUCCAAUCAGCGCUGGAUGGCUAUCCAGUGUGCAUCUUUGCUUAUGGCCAGACAGGCAGUGGCAAGACCUUCACCAUGGAGGGCGGGCCUGGGGGAGACCCCCGGCUGGAGGGGCUGAUCCCUCGGGCCCUGCGGCACCUCUUCUCUGUGGCCCAGGAGCUCCGUGGCCAGGGCUGGACCUACAGCUUUGUGGCAAGUUAUGUAGAGAUCUACAACGAGACUGUCCGAGACCUGCUGGCCACUGGGGCCAGGAAGGGCCAGGGCGGUGAGUGUGAGAUUCGCCGGGCCGGGCCAGGCAGCGAGGAGCUUACGGUCACCAACGCGCGCUAUGUUCCGGUCUCUUGUGAGAGGGAGGUGGAGGCCCUGCUCCAUCUAGCCCGCCAGAACCGCGCUGUGGCCCGCACAGCCCAGAAUGAGCGCUCAUCGCGUAGUCACAGCGUGUUCCAGCUGCAGAUCUCUGGGGAGCACGCUGGCCGAGGCCUGCAGUGUGCGGCCCCCCUCAGCCUGGUGGACUUGGCUGGGAGUGAGCGGCUCGACCCCGGCUUAGCGCUCGGCCCUGGGGAGCGGGAACGCCUUCGGGAAACGCAGGCCAUUAACAGCAGCCUGUCCACGCUGGGGCUGGUCAUCAUGGCCUUGAGCAACAAGGAGUCCCACGUGCCUUACCGGAACAGCAAGCUCACCUACCUGCUGCAGAACUCUCUGGGCGGCAGUGCCAAGAUGCUCAUGUUUGUGAACAUUUCUCCCCUAGAAGAGAACGUCUCUGAGUCCCUCAACUCCCUACGCUUCGCCUCCAAGGUGCGGUCACUAGCAGCCCCAUCCCCAUCAGGCUUCCUGCUGACUGUAGGCGUCUGCACCCUGGUCCUUCAGGCUAGCGGCACAUGCAUCCCGAAAGGAUGUACAUUUGCCAGGCAGUUAACUAUUGACUUCUGGGGGUGUUUGAAUUAAGUUUUUAAAACUAUGUGGUUGAAAGGUCAGAAAUAUGUAGAAAGCUGUAUACAAGUGAGAUUUAACCUCUGCCCCGCCCACCACAUUCUCUCUCCGGUCCUAGUAGUCGUUGUCAUAUUUUAUCCUUUUACUUCUCUCUGUUUCUUUUUGCAAAUACAAGCAAUGUGCAUGGGAUUUCCCUCUUUCUUAGAGAAGACAUCUCUUCCCCUCUCUCUCAUGUAUUAUAUGUUGUCCUGCCUUUUUUUUUUUAAAUUAACAAGACAGCCUUAAGGAUGGGGCGGUGGCCAGGGAGAGUGGGGGAAAAAGAAAAAAAAUCAGACAGCCCUAGGAUGAUUCCCCACCAGCACACAGAGAUCAUCCCAUUAUUUUUACAUUUGCCUAGGACUCCACUGUAUGGAUGCGCCAAAGUUUAUCCACCAGUUCCCUCUACUGGACACUUGGAUUCUUUCCACCCUUUUACUAUUACAAACAAGGCUAUGUUGACUAACCUUGUACACAUCAUUUUAUAAUAUUUGCUUGGUUACAUCUAACUAUCCAGAGAGAGAUUCUUUGAAAUGGGUUUCCUGGAUCAAAGACAUACAGGUUUUUCAGGCUAUUCCAAAUAGACAGCGUGAAUCCAGACUCCAGUCUCCACAACGGUCAGCUGUGUCCAGGCUAUGAAUUCUCUAAGAAACUUAAGCUCCCUCUACAAGAGUUAAGUCAGGAAGUUUCUUUACAUAGUGCCUUGGAGGGUAAUGUAUUCCUCUGAUAACUCAUUUUCCUGAGGAUAUAGCCUUGAGAUGCUUUCUGGCUUUAUUCAGGGUCUCAGAUUACAGCUGUUCUUCUGCACUCUUGCUGCUGUGGAAGUAAUCGGCCACCUUAGCGCCCUGCUGUGGUCUUCUGCUUUAACCAGGAUUUCCCUUGCUACCUUACAAGUUCAAUUAAAGUUCCCCAUGGACUGUAGCCUACUAGGCUCCUCUGUCUGUGGGAUUUUCCAGGCAAGAAUACUGGAGUGG